CGGGCGGGUCCCGGCGCCGCUGAGGGGCGAGCGGGGCGGGGGGCGCUCCGCGGCAUGGGGGCUCCCCGUCCUCUCCCGUCCCGUCCCAUCCCGUCCCGUCCCGCGGCUGCUGCCCGGCUUUCCCCCUCCCCGCUCCAGGCUCGCCGGGAUUCGUGCUCAAAGCGCGCCGGGGAAGAUGGAGAUGAGGUUUGUUCCCCUCAGGCACCUCACGAGCCCGCGCAGGGUGAGAGCAGCUCGCAGCGCUCGGAGAUCCUCGGCCCGUGCGUAGGGGUGGGGAGGGACCAGCCCCGGGGCUGUGGGCAGGGAAUGUCCCCAGCCCCAUCGCUGGGAUGCCGAAGGAAUUUUGGUUCCUAUGAAACAACUGCAAAAAUAUCACCAGCCCCAAAGGGGCAGGAGGUGGAACUGGAGUUUAAAAACCAGCCAGGCCGACUUAAACGGGUUUCAAAGUUGCAAACUUGUAAGGCAGCGUUUUCACGGCUGGAUCCAGCCCAGUGUUUUGUGUUUCUCUCUUAAAAACAGCCUCUGGGACAUCUCAACACCCUCUCUUUGCCAGUCAGAGAGAAGCUUCCCCUGGGGAGAGUGAAGACCCAUUUCAGUUGUGUAGAGGAUCCCACAGGCACAUAAAUGCAGUAUCUCAACGUAAAAGAAGAUUGCAAAGCCAUGGCUUUCUGUGCAAAAAUGAGGAGCACCAAGAAAAAUGAGCUCAACCUGGAAGCUCAGCACCAGGGGCUGGAAAUCCUCUUCUACCUGCAGGACAAAGCCCCCCUCUGUUACUCCAGCGGCGAGUUCACCUCGGAGGAGCUGUGCAUUGAGGCUGCCCAGAAGUGCUCUGUGUCCCCUCUGUGCCACAACCUCUUUGCUCUGUAUGAUGAGAACAAAAAGCUCUGGUAUGCACCAAACCAGGUCUUCAAGGUGGAGGAAAAAUCAUCCUUCAGGCUCCAUUAUCGCAUGAGAUAUUAUUUCACCAACUGGCACGGGACGAGCGAGAGCGAGCCCUCGGUGUGGAGACACUCCCCCAGGAGGGCCAAGGCCUAUGACAAGAAGCUGGCCCCAGAGGGGACCCCCAUCCUGGAUGCCAAUUCCCUGGAAUACAUGUUUGCACAGGGCCAGUAUGACCUAGUGAAGGGCCUGGCACCCAUCCGAGACCCCAAAAACGACCAGGAGGUCCAUGAGAUAGAGAAUGAGUGUCUGGGCAUGGCUGUCCUGGCCAUCUCCCACGAUGCCAUCAAGAAAAAUGUGAAGCUGCCAGAGCUUCCCAAGGACAUCAGUUACAAGCAUUAUAUCCCUGAGACUCUGAACAGGACCAUCAGGCAGAGGAAUUUCUUGACCAGGAUUCGGAUCAAUAACGUUUUCAAGCAUUUCCUCAAGGAGUUCAACAACAAAACCAUCUGCAACAACAGCGUCUCCCCUCGGGACCUGAAGGUGAAAUAUUUAUCCACCAUGGAGGUCCUGACCAAAUAUUAUGGGGCAGAGAUCUUUGAGACCUCGUUCCUGCUGAUUUCUGCUGAGAAUGAGGUGAAUAAAUUCAAUUGUGGAGACAACGAGAAGUACGAGGUGAUGGUGACAGGGAACAACGGCAUCCAGUGGAGGCUCAAGCCAAGUCCUGUCCAGACAGAGAAAGAGAAGAAGAAAAAAUCCGAUGGCAAAAGCAAAAAGGAGGAGGAGAAGCACAAACUCCGGGAGACGUGGAACAGCUUCUCCUACUUCCCUGAGAUCACCCACAUCGUCAUCAAGGAGGCCACAGUCAGCAUCAACAAGCAGGACAACAGGAGGAUGGAGCUGCGGCUGGGCUCGCACGCCGAGGCGCUGUCCUUCACCUCGCUGGUCGACGGCUACUUCAGGCUGACGGCGGACGCCCACCACUACCUGUGCACGGACGUGGCUCCUCCCCUCAUCCAGCACAACAUCAGCAACGGCUGCCACGGCCCCAUCUGCACGGAAUAUGCCAUCAACAAGCUGAGGCAGGAGGGCAACGAGGUGGGCAUGUACGUGCUGAGGUGGAGCUGCACCAACUUCAACCACAUCCUGAUGACUGUCACCUGUCUGGAGGGCUCAGAGGUGGUGAAUAACUCAGGCCCCUACAAGAACUUCCAGAUCGAGGUGAAGAAAGGGGGGUACUUCCUCCAUGGCUCCAACAAAUCCUUUGCAUCCCUGAAGGACCUCAUGGAUCACCUGAAGGGACAAAUCCUGCGGACAGACAACAUCAGCUUCACCCUCAAGAGGUGCUGCCAGCCCAGACCCAGAGAAAUCUCCAACCUGCUGGUGGCCACCAAGAAGGCCCAGGAGUGGCAGCCAGUGUAUCCCAUGGGGCAGCUGAGCUUCCACCGCAUCCGCAAGGAGGAGAUCGUGCAGGGAGAGCACCUGGGGAGAGGCACCAGGACCCAGAUUUACUCAGGGAUGCUCAGCCUCAAGGAUGAUGAGAACGAGGGGUAUCAGAACGAGAGAGAGAUCAGAGUCCUGCUCAAAGUCCUGGACCCCAGCCACAGAGACAUCUCCUUGGCAUUCUUUGAGACAGCCAGCAUGAUGAGACAGGUGUCCCACAAACACAUCGUGCUCCUGCACGGCGUCUGCGUCCGCGACCUGGAGAAUAUCAUGGUGGAAGAGUUUGUUGAAUGUGGGCCUCUGGAUCUGUUCAUGCAUAAGAAAAGUGAAGUUCUCACAACCCCAUGGAAAUUCAAAGUGGCCAAACAACUUGCAAGUGCCCUGAGCUACCUGGAGGACAAGGAUUUGGUGCAUGGCAAUGUGUGCACCAAGAACAUCCUGCUGGCCAGAGAGGGCAUUGAUAGCGAGUAUGGACCCUUCAUAAAGCUGAGUGACCCAGGAAUCCCCAUCACGGUGCUCUCCAGGCAAGAGCGUGUCGAGCGGAUCCCCUGGAUUGCACCUGAGUGUGUUGAAGAUUCCAAGAACCUCAGCAUUGCUGCAGACAAGUGGAGCUUUGGUACAACCCUGUGGGAAAUCUGCUACAAUGGAGAAACUCCACUGAAAGACAAGACCUUAGCAGAGAAGGAGAGGUUCUAUGAGGGCCACUUUGUGCUGGCCACGCCGUCCUGCAAGGAGCUGGCAGAUCUGAUGAAGCAGUGCAUGAACUAUGACCCCCACCAGAGACCCUUCUUCAGGGCCAUCAUGAGGGACAUCAACAAACUGGAGGAGCAGAAUCCUGAUAUUGUCUCAGAGAAGAAACCUGUGACCGAGGUGGAUCCCACCCUCUUUGAGAAGAGGUUCCUGAAAAGGAUCCGGGAUUUGGGGGAGGGCCACUUUGGCAAGGUGGAGCUGUGCAGAUAUGACCCAGAAGGUGACAACACCGGGGAGCAGGUGGCAGUGAAAUCCCUGAAGCCAGAGAGUGGAGGGAAUCACAUUGCUGACCUCAAGAAGGAAAUUGAAAUCCUGAGGAAUCUUUAUCACGACAACAUUGUCAAAUACAAGGGGAUUUGCACAGAAGAUGGAGGAAGUGGGAUUAAACUCAUCAUGGAAUUCCUUCCCUCUGGGAGCCUGAAGGAGUAUCUCCCACGGAACAAGAACAAGAUCAAUCUCAAGCAGCUGCUCAGAUACGCAGUUCAGAUCUGCAAGGGCAUGGACUACCUGGGCUCCUGUCAGUAUGUGCACCGUGACCUGGCAGCGAGGAACGUCCUCGUGGAGAGUGAGAACAGGGUGAAGAUCGGGGACUUUGGGCUCACCAAGGCCAUCGAGACAGACAAGGAAUAUUACACCGUCAAGGACGACCGCGACAGCCCCGUCUUCUGGUACGCCCCGGAGUGUUUGCUGCAGAGCAAGUUCUACAUCGCCUCCGACGUGUGGUCCUUCGGGGUGACGCUCUACGAGCUCCUCACCUACUGCGACUCCGAGUGCAGCCCCAUGGCCGAAUUCCUGAAGAUGAUCGGCCCCACACAGGGACAGAUGACGGUGGCACGGCUCGUGAAGGUCCUGCAGGACGACAAGAGACUGCCACGGCCAGCCAGCUGUCCUGAGGAGGUGGAUCAGCUGAUGAGGAAGUGCUGGAUCUUCAAACACGACGAACGUACCACCUUCCACAACCUGAUCCAAGGGUUUGAAGCAAUUAUUAGUAAAAUGUAAAUAAUUUUUUUUAAUCCUGUCAGGACUUUAAAUGCCCAGCAACCUAUCUAUGCCCAAGGCUCUUACUUUUUGGUUUGUUUUUUUUUUUUUACUCCUGUAAUUUGUACUCUGGCUGGGCUGACGUGGUUAUAAAGGAUUCUUUUGCCAACAGAUUGAAGAGUUGGAUUAAAAGAAUUUAAAAAGUUUGGGCAAAAUGAGCUCCAGCUCCCUUUGCUGCUGUUGUUGCAGGGCAGUUUUAUCCUGCUCUGAUUCUGGCUGUGCCACAAUUGGAAUUGCCCUGCUGGAUGAUGUGAGCUGGGAAAGCCCACUGCAUUUCUCAGCUCAAACCUCAGCCAGUGGCUCUAAAAGGGCUCAAUUAAUAAUUAUAAAAUCAGCUGACAAAAUACUUUCACAUGCACUUAAAUCCUAAUAAUGAACAAAACAUAAAAAUUAUAUAUUUUGGCAUAAAAAUAUUUGGGGGAAGCAAAAUUUUCAGCUCUUUAUAAACCCACCAGGCCCCAGUCCUGAGCUCUUACAGGUAUUUGUAAAAAAGUGUUCAAAAAUACCACCCCAGCAGUGUGGAGGGCUGGGCAGGCACAGUUGUGCAUUUCAGUGAAAAGCCCAAUUUUGGGAUAAAUAAUUUGCUUUUCCUAACUCCACUCCCACAUUCUUCCCCUGGAGCUGCCAGCCCAGGUGCACCCCUGGAGGGGGUGAAUGUGCAUCCCUGGAGCUGAGGGAUGUGCAGGGAAGGAAUUCCUGGAGCUGGGAAGGAACCCAGCCCAUGCCCAGAACCUGGAGGGGAUUAUCCAGAAGGAAAAAGGCCUGGGCACCCAGGAUUAUCCAAAGGAAAAAGGCCUGGGCACCCAGGAUUAUCCAAAAGGAAAAGGCCUGGGCACCCAGGAUUAUCCAAAAGGAAAAGGCCUGGGCACCCAGGAUUAUCCAAAAGGAAAAGGCCUGGGCACCCAGGAUUAUCCAAAGGAAAAAGGCCUGGGCACCCAGGAUUAUCCAAAAGAAAAAGGCCUGGGCACCCAGGAUUAUCCAAAAGGAAAAAGGCCUGGGCACCCUGGGCUGUCCCAGGGACUGGGAACCCCUCCAACCAUUUUUUAAAGAACAUUUUGACUCAGCCCUUGAGUGGUUUAACUGGAACCUUCUGCUGCCAUCAUGUUUCCUACCACACCUGGAGUUGGAAAAUGCUCUGAAGAGAUCCUCCAGUUUUGGCAAUAACAGAAAGAGGUCUAUAUAUAUAUAAAUAUAUAUAAAUAUAUAUAAAAAAAUGGUAAUUAUGAGCUCCAAGGAGGUCAGAUUUAUUUUUACAGUGUUAUUGUUUCUGUAUUUCACUUAGGAAGCUGAAUUUAAUCUGUAAGCACUUUGUUACUCUUUAUACAAACAAGUCUAAUAAAUUUUUUUUUCUCCA